UCAUCCCCCAGCCUCCUUUUGCCACCAUCUUUGUUGGGGGCGACAAUUUGAGGGCCCAGAAAGCUUGUCGCUGCUCACUUUCUCGGUAUCGUUCCACAUUCACUACCUAUGCUGGUAAAGUACGAGAAAGAGUUGGAGCCAAGUAGUGACGCUUUUGCCAAAGACUUCCCUUUCCGUAGUCCCCUUAACGACAGGAGGACACGGGAGAGCGCGCGUCGCGCGGAUGACGUUGCGGCCGCUCCUCCACCAUCUUGGUUGUGGACGGAGGUGGCAACUUCGGAGCAGCGGAGGGGUACAGCUGUCUAAAUGCCGAGGCUCGGCGGGCGUGGGCUCUGGCUGGGCCUGGCCGCGGCGGCGGUGGCGGCGAUGAUCGCUCGGCUAACAGGCUGGUGGAGUCCCCGCGCUGACUUCCGCCUUUUCAUACCCGAGGAGCUGGCCCGCUAUCGCGGCCGCCCUGGGGACCCGGGCCUCUACUUGGCCUUGCUCGGCCGCGUCUACGAUGUGUCCUCUGGCCGGAGGCACUACGAACCUGGGGCCCCGUAUAGCGGCUUCGCAGGCCGAGAUGCAUCCAGAGCGUUUGUGACCGGGGACUACUCUGAAACAGGCCUUGUGGAUGAUGUAUCUGACCUGUCAUUUUCUGAGAUGCUGACGCUCCAAAACUGGCUUUCAUUCUACGAGAAGAAUUAUGAAUUCAUUGGAAGGGUGAGCGGACGCUUCUAUGGCCAGGAUGGGCUGCCCACCCCAGAACUGACCCGGACAGAAGCCAUGAUCGCCCGAGGCGUGCAGGCAAAUAAGCAGGACCUGGAAGAGAAGCAGAGGUUCCCCCCAUGCAAUGCCGAGUGGAGCUCCGCCCGGGGCAGCCGCCUCUGGUGUUCCCAGAAGAGUGGAGGUGUGAGCAGAGACUGGACUGGUGUCCCCAGGAAGCUGUUUAAGCCAGGUGCCAAGGAGCCCCACUGCGUGUGCGUGAAAACAACCGGCCCCCCUAGCGACCAGACGCCGGACAGCCCCACACACAGGAAUCGUGGGGACUUGGACCACCCCAGCUUGGCCGAGUACCCAGGCUGCCCACCCCUGGCCAUCACGUGCUCCCUCCCCCUCUAAAGCGGUUCCCUGUAUGCUGCCCACCCACCGAGAGCCCUGCCUGGAAGCCUAGUGGCUCCUGACCUGAACCAAGAGGGCCUGGAAGGAGAGGAGCGUGGCUGUGCUCCGCAAACGUGACUGAUGCCACCUCACCGUGACUCACCAUUCUGGUGCCUGAGGCCACAGCUUGGCAACCUGCCGCGUACCGUCAGCCUGCUUCUGCCACUGCACCCUUCAUCUCCUCGCCCACCCGCUUUGGAGUCCGCAGGUGUGAGUGAGCACACACAAGACCAACUCAAAACUAGCGGGCUGGACACACAAAGAGGCCGGGAGCCCCGGGAGCUUCCUCCCAAGACUUUGGGACCGCCUAGAUCAGCUGUGCCCUGUCUCUAACUCCCAACCUGGUUGGGGGAUCGGGGGCACUGGCAAGAGAGACCGCGUCUUUCCCUUACACCUCCGAAACAAGCAGACACGUCCAGAAAAGUCGUGUAAAUUAACGGUGUCGCCUAAACAAGGUCCUACUCCCCAUACAGCACGGGGAACGAUCCUUCAUCGGCAUCUUGUGAUGAACCACAGCGGAAAGAACGGGCAGAGGCGUGGCGAGCUACAGACAGCUGCAUGACUGAGCCACUCUCUCGCACACUGCAAGUCGACUAAACUAAAAUGGGGAGGAAAGGUGUUAACCCUGUUCCGGUCACUGCUGGGACCCCCGACUUUGACAGCCUUUCUGUAUGUAAGCGCUCUCUCACCCGAAGGCUUUGGUUGAAUUUACAACCGAAAGCCACACUGAGUGACUCUGAGCUAGACCAAUACAGCAAGAGGUGAAAACAGGAUAGGCUAAUUCGAGAAAUGGAAAAGCCUUUGCUUGUAUGGAUGCAGCAAAUCCAGCUGCCUCGGAACAAAGCAACAAUUUAAAAGCAA